UGCCCCUCCAGCCCCGUCUGCUCGGAAAACAAGGAAAGUCCCCGGGAUCGGCGGAAGUUUCUCCACUGUUCAUCAGCGGUCCUGAUGGGAAGAGAGUCUCCCCCUGCACGCGCCAUGGGCGCCGCCUGCCUCCUGCUGUGGGCGCUACUGCUGCCCCCGUCCUCCUGCUUUAACCUGGACGCCGAGCACCCCCGGGUGCACUCCGGCCCGGAGGGCAGCUACUUCGGCUUUGCUGUGGACUUCUUCCUGCCAGACCCCGGCUCUUCGUUCCUGCUCAUUGGCGCCCCCAAAGCCAACACCUCCCAGCCAGACAUCAGCCAGGGGGGCGACGUGCAGAAGUGCGACUGGAGGAAUGCCAAGUGCCAGUCCAUUGUCUUCGACUCCACCGGUAACCGCCUGUACAGUGCUGAUGACCCCAUUGAAUUCAAGUCCAACCAGUGGUUCGGGGCUUCCCUGAGGGCCAAAGAUGACAAAAUCCUGGCCUGUGCCCCCCUGUACCACUGGCGGACCCAGCAGAGGAAGCAGGAGAGGGAACCGGUUGGGACUUGUUAUUUAAAAUCCGGAGAAAAGAUCGUAGAGUAUGCGCCCUGCAGGUCCAACGCCAGACACGAUGCCCAGGAGCAAGGCUUCUGCCAGGGCGGAUUCAGUGUGGACUUCACCAAUGCCAACCGGGUACUGCUAGGAGGUCCUGGAAGCUUCUACUGGCAAGGGCAAAUUAUUUCCGACACUGUGGACGAUAUCGUGAGCAGCUACAACCCCAACAGCUACAGCAUUAACUACGCCAAACAGUUGGCAACACGUGCCGCCAGCCCCCAGUAUGACGAUAGCUAUUUGGGUUACUCUGUGGCGGUCGGGGACUUUAACGGAGAUGCCAUUGAGGACUUUGUUUCCGGCGUGCCCAGAGCUGCCCAGACACUAGGCAUGGUGUCCAUUUACGAUGGCCAGAACAUGGCGUCGCUCUACAAUUUCUCCGGCGAGCAGAUGGCGGCCUACUUUGGCUAUUGCGUGGCCGCCACGGAUGUCAAUGGAGAUGGCCUGAUGGACUUGUUUGUUGGCGCCCCACUUUUUAUGGACCGUGGUUCGGAUGGGAAGCUUCAAGAAGUCGGCCAGGUGACUGUUUUCGCUCAGCAGAGCAAAUCGGGCCUACAGGUGUUGACCAAAUUGAACGGGUUUGAUCUGUUUUCGAGAUUCGGCAGCUCUAUUGCCCCCCUGGGUGACUUGGAUCAAGAUGGCUUCAAUGACAUCGCCAUUGGGGCGCCUUACGCAGGAGAAAACAAAAGGGGCCUGGUCUAUAUUUACAAUGGCAGGAGCUCUGGAAUCAGCACCACACCAUCUCAGGUUCUUGAAGGUCAGUGGGCAUCUAAAACCAUGCCGGCAAGCUUUGGCUACUCGCUGAAAGGAGCCACCGAUGUGGAUGAGAACGGUUACCCAGACCUUGUGGUUGGAGCCUUUGGGGCUGAUAAGGCCAUAUUGUACCGUUCUAGACCCGUUAUAACUGUCAGUGCGGUACUGGAAGUCAACCCGUCGCUCCUAAAUCCCGAUAAUAAGACUUGUAACCUUACCGAUACAGUGAAAGUCUCCUGCUUUGAUGUAAAAUUCUGCCUGAAAGCCAGUAGCAAAGGCAAAGUACCCGAAAACCUAUCAUUUAAGGUAGAACUCGUACUUGAUAAGCUGAAGCAGAAGGGCGCAGUGAGGCGGGCGCUGUUUCUCCACAACAAGCAGCCCACCUAUUCCAAGGACAUGACAGUGAGAAAUGGUGGCACCUUACGUUGCGAAGAAUUACAGGCGUAUUUGCGGGAUGAGAGUGAGUUUCGAGACAAACUUACACCUAUCACCGUCUUCAUGGAUUACCAAAUGGACUACAAGGCGGCCACUGACUCAUCCGGACUAAUGCCCAUUUUAAAUCAGUUCACCCCCGCCAACCUAACCAAACAGGCCCACAUAUUGCUGGACUGCGGUGAAGACAAUAUCUGCAAGCCAAACUUGAUUCUGUCAGUAGAAAGUGAGCCGAAACAGCUGUAUAUCGGAGAUGACAGCCCUCUGACGCUGCUGGUGGAUGCCCAGAACCAAGGCGAAGGGGCCUAUGAGGCUGAACUCAUUGUCCACAUCCCACCCCAAGCUGACUUCAUCGGGGUGGUCCGAAAAAAUGAAACUCUGUCGAGGUUAUCCUGUGCGUUAAAGACGGAGAAUCAGACAAGACUCGUCGUCUGUGAUCUCGGAAACCCCAUGAAGGCCAGAACAAGGUUGUUGGCAGCCCUGCUCUUUAGUGUCCAUCAGCUCAACGAGAUGGAUGACACAGUCAACUUUGACCUGCAGAUACAAAGCUCGAACCAAUAUGACAAUACCAGCCCCAAAAGAUCGCUGCAGAUAGCACUGGCCGUGAUGGCAGCAGUUGAAAUUAGAGGAGUUUCUACUCCAACCGAGGUUUUCCUGCCAAUUGCCAACUGGGAACCCAAAGAACAUCCAACCACAGAAGAUGAAGUUGGCCCACUUAUCCAACAUAUCUUUGAGCUUCGAAACAACGGACCCAGCACGUUCAGCAAAGCAAUCCUCAAUGUCCAGUGGCCUUACAAGUACCAAAGCAAAACCUUAUUGUACAUUAUGAAAUAUGAAAUUGAUGGCCCCAUGAACUGUACUUCCGAUGUUGUAAUCAACAACCUCAACCUUACGCCCUCCAGUUCCCAGGGAGAUGAUAUAAAGAAUGUCACUCGUAAUGAACGCAAUCGUCGUGAUCUUUCGGAGGUGGAAGGAGACGUGCAGACCCUUAGAUGUGGAACUGCGCAAUGUCUCAAGAUUGAGUGUCACGUGGAACGUGUGGAAAAAGGAAAAAGUGCAAUUUUAUAUAUUCGAUCAAGACUGUGGACACCAACCUUCAUGAAUAGCGAGAACCAGAAUCAUUCCUACUCUCUGAAGUCCUCUGCCACAUUCCAUGUCUUGGAAUUCCCGUAUAAAACCAUGAAACUUCCUGAUAUAAACAAUUCUACAGAGGUUACCACUAAUAUUCUAUGGGUUAACCAGUCAUCCGGGGCCCCGGUGCCCGUCUGGGUCAUAGUACUUGCAGUAUUAUCAGGUUUGCUUCUUUUGGCUCUGAUGGUCUUCAUAAUGUAUAAGCUUGGGUUCUUCAAACGUGUACGUCCUCCCCAGGAGGAAGCCGAGAGGGAGCAGCUUCAGCCUCAAGAAAAUGGUGAGGUAGCCACUGAUGCUUGAGUCCUUUUUUCCAGGAAUGACAAAUCAUAUUUUUUAUUUUUUUUGGACAGACCAACGUAGCAUUUCAUUGAGAACAUUGAGUGGUAGGGUACUCAUGUUAUGGCGGUGGAUCAAUAGGCUCCAUUCUGAUGAAUAUUGUCUCAUCAUGGCUGACACUGCUACAUGUAGGACACGGUGAAGUACAGGUGGUCCAUUGACACAAGAGCAUCUAUAGGUAGAUACAUCCCCAUUACUUGGCAGGAAAUCCUACAUUUCUCAGUGAAUCCAGGUGUCUAACCAAAAAGUUUUCAGGUGAUGGAAACUUUUGUAAAUUCUGAUAUGAGUAGGAACUUUUUAGCUUCAAAUGUUGUGGAUGCUCCUACCUUGGUCCAUUUCUACCUGCAUGGCUGAACGUAUAUUGCAGAUGCUCCUACCUUUGUCCACUUCUACCUUCAUGGCUGAACAUUUAUUGUAGAUGUUCCUACCUUGGUCCAUGUGGACCCUAAUUUGACCAAGGUAACCUGGUCUACCUUGGGAAUGUAGGGAUGUGGUUAUGUUUUUCUUUUUUAUUUGUUGAACGUAUAGAAGACCAGGUAGCUUAACUUCAGGCAUGUGGGUGUAAGUGGACAGAGGUGAACAUCUUUCUUGGAGAACUAUUAUGGAAACUGGGAUCUUUAAGUUAACUUUCCCAGGCGCCAGCAACAUUGGGAUGCAUUUUUGAAAUACUCUGAAUAGUUUCUAUUCGUGGGUGUGAUCUAACCCAAACCAUUGACCUCAAAAGUAAUUUCUUAAUCAGUUUUAGUAGCAAAAAUUAUAAAAAUUUCUUAUUUGCAUAUGUUUGUAGAAUUAGGCCUCAUGCACACGACCGUAUGUAUUUUGCGGUCCGCCAAAAACGGAUCUGCAAAAAAUACGGAUGAUAUCUGUGUGCAU